CUCCCUUUACAACUGAGUACGGAAGAGCAGUGUAGUCUAGACUUGCUAACUAUUGCAGCAAUCAGAUAAUGUGUUCCUCCUCGGGAUUAUGAGCGCAGAAGAGAAUGGCGGAGGCCAGCGCGCUUGAAGAGCUGCAGUCGGAGCUCACUUGUCCGGUGUGUCUGGAACUUUUCCGUGAUCCGGUGAUCCUCGAGUGUGGACACCACUUUUGCCAAGUGUGCAUCAUUCAGUGCUGGGAAGCCAAGGCGGACGAGCUAUCGAACUGUCCAAAGUGUAGAAAGUCGUGUGCUCGUAAACUGCGGCCAAACUCGCUCCUGUGCAACGUCGUGGACAGUGUGCGCAGAGCCCGUGCCAUGGACGCAGCUGCUGGGACAUCUGGAUGGGACCAUGCAGGUGCUCCGGAAAUGCCAGAGGUGCACGAGCCCGGGUCAAGCAUGAUCAGCGUGGCCUCGUCCAUCGGGCACUGGUCCCACCUUGUUAUGGACAUGUGCGAGGAGCACGAGGAGAAGCUGAAGCUUUACUGUGAGGACGACCAGCUUCCCAUCUGUCUGGUGUGCGGCAUGUCCCGGGACCACAAGACCCACAAUGUCAUUCCUAUCACAGAGGCAUUUGAGAACUACAGGGACAAGCUGGCCGUUGCUCUAGAGAGGGUUCAGCUGCAGACAGAGAGGGCCACGCUCUUCCAGAGACAGACCAAUGAAAAGAUCCUCCUCAUCAAGGGCAGAGCAGGAGAUUUGGAGGAGCUGGUAACUGCAGAGUUUGGCCGUCUGAGGGAGUUCCUACUUGAGGAAGAGGAGCGCAUAAAGGAGAAACUGCAAAGGGAGAAAGAAGAGAAGCUGAACCAGCUGGAGGAGGCACUCACCAAGGCCACUGAGCAAAUCAGUCAGCUGGAAAGUACUGCAGAAAAACUUCACCUCAAACUGAGGGAGGAAGAAAACCCAGAACAACUCAAGGGAAUCAAAGAUUUCAUCGGAGGAGCUGAGAGCGUAUUUGAGCACCCUCCAGAGGUGGGGGUGGAUCUGCAGUCAGGAGAGUUCAUGGGACCUCUGCAGUACAGGACCUGGAGAAAAAUGAGCUCAAUCUUUCAGCCAAGUAUGAAGACUGCACAUCACCUCAACACAAUUUUCUCUGCGGUUACCCUUGACCCAGACACGGCCUACCCGUGUCUGUGGGUGUCUUCACGCCGCACCAGCGUCCAUGUGGGAAGAAUCCAACCAAACUUGCCCAACAACCCUGAACGUUUCACCCGUUACAACAUCGUGCUGGGGUCUGAGGCCUUCGCCACAGGCAGACACUAUUGGGAGGUGGAGGUGGGCUGCAAGACAGCAUGGGGUCUGGGUGUGGCCAGCGCCUCCGUCAACAGGAAAGAAGUGGUCAGCCUCUGCCCUGAUGAUGGUUUCUGGACCUUAGUGCUAAGGGAUAAAGGUGAUGGCACCAGUGAGUACGAAGCGUGCACUGACUUAGACGAGAACUUAAUAUACCCCUCAAAGCCCCCUCAGAGGGUUGGAGUAUAUCUGGACUAUGGCCGAGGUGAAGUGGCUUUUUACGAUGCUGGAGACAUGAGCCACCUCUUCACUUUCUACAAUGCAAGAUUCAAAGAGCCUGUUUUCCCCUACUUCAAUCCCUGGCCAAUCAUCAAUGGACAAAACCAAGAGCCGCUCACCAUUGUGACACCUCACUGGGACUAGAUUUUCUUUUAUUCUGAGAACUGAUAUGAGGCUUCUGUAUAGCUGGACCUAUGAGCAUUUACACAUGUGCCUAUAUAAAAGUUUUUUUGCCUGUAUGAUGAUACAUUUACAGUUAACCGUGUUCCCUGAUAGAUAUGCAAUUAAGCUGGAGAAGAAACAGCAUAAGGACACUUUAAAGGAGCAGAAAGUUUUAAUGAAACAGCCAAAAUGAAUGACCUAAUGUUUCAAAAAUGUGAUAUCUAUGCACCUAAAACCCUCUGUGUUUUGUUCCUCUUUGGAUCCACUCUUUGACCAGCAGAGGAUAGCAUUUCUUCUACUCGGUAGCAGCAGAUAGCGUGCCAGCCAAUGUCAGCUGACAGCACAGCUAAUUUCCUUCUACAUAUUAAAUUCAUCUGUUUUAGGGUGUAUCAUUUUGAACUGCUUUAGCAUGACUAUUACUGCUGUCUCAUCUAAAAGCUUUUUUUUUAGUCCACCUAAACCUCAGCUCCAUCUUGUCAGGCAUCUGUUGUCAGUGACACCUGC